AUGACGCAGGGCAUGCUGCAAGUGCAGUUUGAGGGAUGGUACACCCUGAAGUCCAAACCAGGAAAGAAGGACAAAGAGCGAGGAGAGAUUGAGGUCGAUAUCCAGUUUAUGAGAAACAACAUGACUGCCAGCAUGUUUGACCUCUCCAUGAAAGAUAAGUCUCGAAAUCCAUUUGGAAAACUGAAAGACAAGAUCAAAGGGAAGAAUAAGGAUAGCGCUUCGGACACCGCUUCAGCCAUAAUCCCCAGCACAACACCCUCAGUGGACAGCGAUGAGGAGUCUUUCUCAAAAGACAAGAAAAAGAAAUCAAAGAUCAAGACUUUGUUUUCCAAGUCAAAUUUGCAGAAGACGCCGCUCUCCCAGUCCAUGUCUGUCCUGCCUACUUCCAAGCUAGACAAAGUGCUGCUUCAUCCCGGUGACUUGAAGUCCCGGUGGGAUGAUGAUGACAAUGAGGAUGAGUCCUCCUCUGCCUCGGAUGUCAUGUCCCACAAGAGAACACCCAGUGCAGACCAUACACAACUGAACCAGACCAAGAAAGAGGGGCUCUCCUUCCUCGGAGGCCUCCGGUCCAAGAAUGACUCCCUUUCCAGAUCUAACUUGUGUAUCAAUGGGAACCACGUUUACAUGGAGCAGCCAGAGGCCAAGAGUGAGAUCAAGGACAGCAGCCCUUCGAAUUCCCCAUCCCCACAGGGCUUCAGGAAGAAGCAUUUGUUCUCUUCCACCGAGAACCUGGCUGCCAGAUCUCCUAAGGAACCAGGGGAAGGAGGUGGCGUGACCUCUGACAGGCGACUGUCCGACUCUUCCAGCAAGGAUUCUGUGAAGUCUAUGUCUUUGCCAUCCUACCGACCUCUGACCAGUGGGGACAGUAGAGAGAGUAUGUCUCCAGCAAAUACGGAGGCUACAAAAGAAACAAAAGAGAGCAAGAAGCAGGAGAACAAGAAAUCCUCUUUGCUUUCUCUGGUGACAGGAAAGAAAGAUGUGGCAAAAGGCAGUGAAGGCGAACCUCUUCCCAUUGUCUCAGAGAAAGAGAAGGAAAGGCAAGGCACGAGCACGGAAGCCCAGCUGAGGGAGGAAGACCUUGGACGAAAGUCUGAGAGAGAUGUUGUACCUGUUGCCUCCCAGUGGGGCAACUCCCUGAAUCCCUUUGAAGAUGUGCAGAUCUCAAACCCAGAAGCCAGCCUGGAGUCUAAGUCUGAACCGAAGCCACCAGUUCCCGCUCCAAGGGCUCCCCAGACCAAAGCUGUAAAACCUAGACUGGAAGUACCUCCAAAGGCCCAGCCCAAAGCCAGGCUUCCUUCCUCUGACUCUGCUGUCUUUCCUACUCUUCCUCUUAGCUCACCUCAAGCACCUAUCUUUUCUGACAUGAGGGGUGACUCAGAGACACAAUCCUCUGAAAGUCCUUCUGCCUCCUCCUCUUUCUCCUCUCCCCUGGCAGCUCCUAUCUCCACAUCCACUCCAAUUGAACACUGGCCCCCCACAGGCAAGGGGGAGGCUGAUCCUAAAGAACCGCCUCUGCUCCUCAAAGCGGUCUCUCAAAGGGAGAGCUUAACACCUGCUCUGAAUACUGGUUCUUCUGCGUUGGGUUCACCUUACAAACAACUUCCCAUCCCAGUGCUGAAAGGGACCGAAGAGUCUUCAGGGAGCGAGACAGGGGCAGGGAAGGAAGCCCACAGUGAUGAGUCAGGAAAGAACCCCAUGGGGAAGCCUGAAGAACUUGUGACAGUUCCCUUCCCACAGCAACACCAUGUCCCCUCACCUGAAGAGGCCCAGGAAGUACCCCCUGUGCUUUCCCUCAGCAGUGGCAGAAUUGCAAACCAUGCUGAAAAGUCCCCCACAGGAGGAAACACAGACUCCGAGCAUCAGUCUAGGUCUUUUGUGGAGAAUGACCACAAUGGUGGAGUGACUUCUACAGUCAGAGAAGCAACGCCCCCUGUUCGAGAGGAAGAGGCAGCCUCCCCAUUUGACAGCAUAGCCCAGAAACACGAAGAGAUGCAUCCAAAUGCCAGGGGAGGUCAAAAGAGAGUCAAGAAGCAUGUGUCCUUUUCUGAACAGCUCUUUGUGGAAGAAGAAACAGAAAAACUCACUAGGCUUGAGGAAGAGGACGAAAUCCAUCCACAGCAGCUGACACAGGAAGGGCCUGUUGCUGGAAGCAUGCCCGAUGAAGAAUCUCCAGAGUGUCCCCACACAGAAGGCACAGGAGAGGACCCUGUGACCAUAGCAGCUCAGUCCAUUCCUUCUGAAAGUGACAGUUUCUCAGGAGACCCCACAAGUGAAGCCAGCCCAGGAAGAGAUAGUGCCCAAUUCUGGAGGGUUGAGGAGAAUGAUGGCCUCAUGACUCAAUAUCAGAGCAAGGCCAGCGAUCAUGAAGGCCUGCUGUCUGACCCCCUAAGUGACCUUCCUUCUGCCUCCGAUGUGAAAUCUCCUGUCAUGUCUGAUCUGAGCUUUUCUCUUCCUUCCAUUCCCGAAGUGGCGUCAGAUGAUGAAAGAGUAGAUGAAGCUGGAGAUGGAGGGAAGGCAGCAAAGCUAGAAGCAGGAGUUUCCCCCGGGAAUGUGUCACCUUCCAGUUUGGAGAAGGCAGAGGGGCUGAGUGGCAGGGCACAUGGGUCAGUGCUCCUGGAGAAUCUUCAUGACUUCAGGUCAGAAGCUCCCAGAGUGGCUCCUUCCGAGCAGACAGCAGCAUCAGGAAUUCCUAAGUCACACCUUGGCAAGAGCUCAAGUGUGAAUAAACAGUCACCAGGCCCUGGUACUGUCGAGGAAGAGGAACCAAAGGGAAGUGAGAGGCCAGGUUCGCCUCUCCACAUAUCCCAGGGUUCCCCCAUGCCCAGCCCCUCACCCUCUGCAACCUUUCCUGCUGCACACUCUUUGCCUAGCUCUCCAUAUUCCGACAGUCACCACACCAGUGUAGCAGAACCUCCAAAAAAAGCAACAGAAGGCUCCGUUGCCAAAGUUGAAAAUUUUGGCAAGAAGAAGCCACUUCUACAAGCCUGGGUCACACCCUCAGAGAUACAUCCGGUCUCAGCUCAGCCAAAUGCUGGAGCUGAGGCAGCCAAGCACAGGCUUCAUCCUGUGAAGCCGAUGAGCACAACAGCCAUGAAGAUUGCAAACCCUGGCUUGGGAACUGCUGCUAUCAUCAGUGAGAACCUGAUCAACGAAGCCAUUAUAAAGAAAUACCAGCCCUCGGAUCCUGCCUUUGCCUAUGCACAGCUGACCCAUGAUGAGCUGAUCCAGUUGGUCCUCAAACAGAAGGAAACCAUCAGCAAGAAGGAGUUUCAGGUGCGGGAGCUGGAAGACUACAUAGACAACCUGCUAGUCAGAGUCAUGGAGGAGACCCCCAAUAUCCUCCGAGUGCCGACUCAGCUUGGCAAAAAGGCUGGAAAGAUGUGAA